UUACAGCACAUCAAAAAUCAUUAUUGAUGGUACUGAUUAUGAUGUUGGGAUGUUUGUAUCUGUAGGGCAGGAGGGGGGACUGCCUCAGUUUAGCAAAAUUCAGCAGAUCCUCCUUGUUAACAAUGAUGUCACUUUUCUUUGCCAAGGACACAAAUCACACUACAUUGAACACCUGAGAUCAUAUGAACUUUUCCUAGGCAAUGAAACUGUCCACAGUGUAUCAGAGCUCAAUGACAACUCACCCCUCUCUGCAUACAGUGUAGAAGGAAAAUUGCUGUUGACGCUCAAACGAUUCAUACUGUUGCACUGAAAGUACAUUUACAUCUUGUGAUUUAAGAAAAAAGCUUAGUAGAUCUUAAAUCAUAUUUUAACACAAGGGUAAACUUCCAGUAUGUAAAGGGUGAUAAUUAGCUGUUACAUUUUUUAUGCACUACUAAAUCAGCUUAUUUUUCCAUGUCAAUCUUUAUACAUAGAUUUGUCCCUCAGAAGAUGGCAGCAACCCCAAAAUUUCUGCUGCGUGUUUAUGUUACCACAGAUGUUGCUAUAAAGGUAACUUUGAUUGAGCAACCAGAGUCGGUGAAAGAACUAAUCAACAUACUGCGAGAAAAAGCCAAGCCAAGACUGGACUUUGAGUUUACCUUGCAUUAUGAGGAUCCUGACUUUGGUGGACAACUCAGCUGUCUAGUUGAUAUUCAAGAGUUACCUCAGAAGGCGACAUUGAAAAUUAUCAGAUCAGAAACUGAUACCAGCUCAUCUGCAUCUUCUGAUACCGACAUCCUUCCUCUUGUGCCUAUAAGCCAGCGUCAGAAGUCCUGGCCUGACAUCUUCCCUGUGCCAAAUUUUUCUUAUGAAGUGGAGCAUGUACUUGAAGAGGGAAACAGUGCCUUUGCAACUUCUGGAAAGACACUGAAAUUAACCAGAUCCCAAAAGCACAACAUCUUGGAGAACAUGGCUGCAGUGAUGUACAACUUCAAACCUUACCCAAGUGACAAUGAUGUGGGUAUGGCAGCUGAAGCUCUUGUUACAUCUCAUCCUUGUCUUAAAGAGCCUGGAAGUGUGAGUGGAUGGUAUGGAUGGAAAAUGAGCCUGAAAUUUAAGAUGGGGGAUUAUCGUGGCAAGCUGUCAAGAUCUGGAUGUUUGGAGGUGUCUGUCAACGCAGGUAAAAGGAGCAAAAAUAACCCUGACAAAGAUCACCCACACUCCAACAUAAAACGAGCCAGACGAGCUGAAGUUAACUUCCUUCCAAACUUUCCCAAGGGAGAAAGUCAGGCCAGUUUGGAAGAAAUGAGACUGCAGAUUAUGGACGAAGUUCAGAAGAGUCAGCAAAACCUACGCUUGAUAGAAAUGCUAAUGCAGAAGACCUUUGCCCUUCGUCGCCAGGAGAUAAUUCAGGAAAAUCCACAGGUGAAGGACUUCUUGGGGAAAUGGCCGGCUCUUCGGAUUGAAUCACAGCUUUGUGCUGAGUUCCAACGCAUCACAAAUGUCAACCUACGGAACAAGUUCUAUGCUGUGCUUGACCAACAUACACCUGGACUGAUGGCCUUGUAUAGGCAGAAGGCGGCACGAACCGGAAAGAUAUCAGAGGCGCUGCGUGACAUCUUUAAGAUUUAUGAUCUCCAGGUGAGUUAAUGAACUUUGAGCUUCAGGUCCCACUGGACAGCAGGGCCUCAGGGUGUCAUUGUCUGUCCAACACUUUGCCAAAUGCCAUGAAAUUUGGUCAGAACAUCCACACUGAAAGAAGAAUGAAAUCUGUACUUUUCAUUUUUGCUUGUUCUUCCAGGAAGUGCAGGAUGUCAAUAUGAAGCGUACUGUAGCCCUUCGUG